AUGGUCUCCUUCGUGGCGCAAUGUUUCCUUCCACGCAGCCUUUGCCCAGAUGGCGUGGGCAGCGCCAGCGGCUACAUUUUUGUGGUGGACAACGGAGGCUUCGAGGUUCGCCUCGAUGGAACCCCGGUGGCCACGCUUGGACGAGGCUGCACCUUCGGCUGGAACUUCUUGAUGAAGCAGCCGCAGUCCUCUUCGGUGUACCCGGUGGUGAAGUCCGGGCUUUGGGGUGCCGAUGGCCAGAAGAUCCAGCAGAUGCUCACCGAGCGGAUCAGGGAGAGAAUACGCGAGAAUCGCAAGCUCCUGGAUUGCGUCUCCUUCUUCAAGGGCCUCCCUCCCCGGCAAAUCGAACUGCUGAGCUCCGCCAUUGUGGAGGAGUCGGUGCGCGCGGGUACGAAGGUGGUGGCCAAGGGCGAGUUUUCCACAGCCCUGUACUUCAUUCGAAAAGGGCAGCUGCGGGUGGAGGAGAAUCAGAAGGAACUGGGACCAGGUGACUACUUCGGAGAGCGGGCGCUGCUGCACCGGGCCCCCCGAUCGGCCACCGUGGUGGCCGAGACAGAGGCAGAGCUUCUGCGGCUUGAGGCGGAGAAUUUGAAAUCCGUUGUCGGCCCGGACCUGCUCGUCUACCUUUCCAGGUCUCUCGUCCUCGAAGCGCUUCGGAGCUCCCAGGCCUGCGGCCAGUUCAACCUGUCACAGCAGUCGGCCAUCAUGAAGAACAUGAAGAUGAUGGAGGUGACCGCCGGAAGCUGCAUUGACGGCGCACGGCACAGCGACUUCCUCUUGCUGGCGGUGAUCCAGGGCAGCGUCUCCGACCAGGCCAACCCGGAGCAGCCAAACGUGUUGCCGGGCCAGGCCUUCGAGGUCAGCCACCACCAGCGGCACAAUUCCCUGCCGGCUGACACCCUCAGCGGGCCACUGCCCAUGACUAGAGCGAAUUCUGAUGUCGCAAGGGAGCGACUGGACCUUGCGGCUGGCGCAGAGGGUGCCAAGGUGGCCUUGCUCACAGAGUCAGGGCUUGAGGCAGCCUUGGGCACCGGUGGCGAGGAGGCGCAAGCGAUUAGCACCAACUCCGCAUCGGGUGGAGAGCGCUUCGCACAGAAGCAUUUCGUGCAGGGAAUCAACAUUCGCGCUGACGACUGUGGCGAAUUGGUUUCGAUGCUGACGCCGCCUGCGGCCGCCAUGAACUUGAAAGUGGACGUAGCAACCGGACGUCAGGAGGAGAUGGCUGCGAAACUGGUGGCAGAUCUUGGUGGACACUUUGAACAGCAAGCUGCAGCAACUCCAGGGGCACUUCUGAAAAUGGAGGAAGCUCGCAAGGUUCCUGGGAUGAACUCAGGUAAUGACUUCGUGAAGGUGCCUCUACCUGCACAAGAAACUCAUGUGGCGGGGCCUAUGCUGCUACCUCCACUGCCACAUUCCGUGCAGCGACCGCCAAAGAAUCCUCGUUACUUGUGGCGCCUCAUCCCCGACAGGGCCAACCUGGUCAUAUCGAAAGGAUCAAUGGGUCACCCCUUUUCCUGUGCAGCGGCCUGCCGGUAUGUGAGGCGCAAGGGUGGCUGCCGAGAUGGCGCCGACUGCCUUGACUGCCACGAGUGCUUCUGGUCCAAAGCAUCCACGAAGGACAGCGCCUCGAGGAACAGCGACCAGGCCCAGGCAGAGGAAGCCGUGCGAGCCAGGCCUGUCGUCGUUGCGACCAAGGAGGAUCUGACGAACGACUCUGACAUCCUCGGUGACUCCAAGGUCUCCACCGCGGGCAUGGUUGGAUUCGAAGCUCCAGAGCUGGAGAUGCAGCAGGGGAUGAACCCCGGCUCAUUAGGCCAUCCAUACAGUUGUGGACCCGCCUGCAAGUAUGCGCUGAAAUCGCGAGGCUGCAAGGACGGAGACAUGUGCACCCGCUGCCACCUGUGUCACUGGACCCGUUUCUCUGCCAAAUCCUUGAAGCUCAUUGAAGAUCGGCAGCCGAUACUGGUGCCAGCCACUGCGCGAGACUGUGCCCGCAGCAAGUGGCGGACGCACAGCAUGCUCGAUGGGCCAGUAUGCUCAAAGAGCAGAAGCGGCCCAGAACUCCUUGGGAGUUUUGUAAAAUGCGAGCCUAUCACAAAGUCACGCGAGAGUGGAGCCAAAGAGCUCUACGUGUGCUAA